CACGAAUAAACAAAAGCGAAGUUGUCAUCCGAUCAAAAACAUGAUAAUCUAGUACGGCCUUCCACUUAAUAUGGAGUACAUGCGGAAUUUUUAAAAUUGGAUGACAGGAAAUAGCGUACACUUAAAUAAAUAUGAUUGUUAAGAGACAAUUGUGAAUGAGCAUUUCUGACCUCAAUUUAACAGUUUCAUCAACAUGGAAUGGAUGUAUUUGUUUUUAAUUUUGUGUUUAUUUAUGGUGGAGAUCGAGUGUGGAGGCAAGCUAUGGCUCAAAUUGGUUAAUUUCAGUAACAGUCGAGGAAAAGGAGCUAACAAUCAUUAUUGUGACGGGAAGUUCUUCAUAAGAGGCUCUGAUUGCGACCACAGAUUUAUUAUAUGUCUAGAUACUAUAAAUGGACCACAAAACACAAACGUGUGUGGCUAUGGGCGUUGGAGUACAGCUACCACAUUUAACAAAAAUUCUUUCACAUUUGGAAGUAGGAUCGGCUCCUCUCCAAAUCCAAAGACAUUCUCAUUUAAUAGAUGGAGUGGAUCUUGUAAGUUAAAGAUAGAUAUAUAUGACGACGACGAUAACCGAGAUGAUUAUGUAGAUUAUAUGGCUAAAUACUACUUUAAAUAUAACCCAGAUUAUAAUGAAACAACGGCAAUAGUAACCACUUUGAGUCUUUCACACAGGGUUAGAAUGACGGUUCAGAUAAAGGUGUAUUGCGAUCCUGAUUAUUAUGGCAGAGGAUGUGACAUAUAUUGUAAACAAUCUGAGAAAUAUACAUGUAACAAGAUAAACGGCGCCAAAAUAUGUACCACAGAUUGGACUGGAUCAGACUGUGAUGUAAAGAAAGAUGCAUGUGUGAGCGGACCCUGCCAAAACGAGGCUACAUGUCACAACAGCAUGGGAACCUAUCUUUGUGUUUGUAAAGAAGGUUAUACAGGUCUAAAAUGCGAGAAUGAGAUAGACGAGUGUGCCAGCUUUCCUUGUAAGAACAACGGGACAUGCGUAGACCUUAUAAACAACUACACAUGCACGUGUCCAUAUGGUUACAGUGGCGAAGAUUGUGACUCGUUAACUGACUUAUGUAAGAAAAAUCCUUGUUUGAGUAACAGCACAUGCAUGAUGGACCCUAACGACGUUAAGUUCCAUUGCGAGUGUGGUAAGGGUUGGAGUGGUCAUCUAUGUGGGACUGAUGUAAAUGAAUGUGAAAGUAAUAAGUGCCAACAUAAAUCAACGUGCGAAAACACGAUCGGUAGUUUUCGAUGCCACUGUACGGAUGGCUGGACUGGAGCUGAAUGUGAAGAAGAUGUUGAUGAAUGUGUAAAUGUCAACUGUUAUGGAAACUCAACGUGUCAAAAUACAAAUGGGUCAUUUUAUUGCUCAUGUGAAGCGGGUUUCUCAGGACAGCUCUGCGAAGUCGAUGUCGACGAAUGCAACAGUUCACCAUGUUUGAACGGUGCUAUUUGUCAAGAUAGAAUAAAUGGGUUCGUUUGUGAAUGUGCGAAAGGUUACACUGGAUUGAAAUGCCAAAAGGAGAUCGACGAGUGCAAAGGUAAUCCUUGUCUUCAUAACGGCUCUUGUUAUGAUUUAGUUGGUGCAUUUAUGUGUUUCUGUACUGGGAGUUGGACUGGUCACAUAUGUAAUGUUGACAUAAAUGAAUGUGAUAGCAGCCCUUGUCGUAAUGGCGGGAUGUGUGUUAACACAAAUGGUAGCUAUUAUUGUCAGUGUUCUGAUGCGUGGAAUGGCUCAUUUUGUCAAUCUGACGUUAAUGAAUGCGAAGCCGAUGCUUGUAAAAAUAGAGGGGUAUGUAAGAACACUGAUGGUGGGUUUCUGUGCACAUGCGCUGAUGGAUUUUCUGGAUCCAAAUGUGAAAUUGACAUCAAUGAAUGCGCAAGUUUUCCAUGUUUACACGGGGGCGUUUGUGAAGAUAAAAUUAAUGGGUUUGAAUGCGAAUGUAAAUGGGGAUAUACUGGAAAGCUUUGCAAUAAAGAGAUAGACGAAUGUUUAGGAAAUCCUUGUCUUAAUAACGGCUCUUGUUAUGAUUUAGUCGGUGCAUUUAUGUGCUAUUGUACAGAGGGUUAUUCAGGUAACGUAUGUGAUCUUGAUAUCAAUGAAUGUCACAGUAGUCCUUGUCGUAAUGGUGGAAUUUGUGUUAACACAAAUGGAAGCUUUUAUUGCCAGUGUCCAGAUGCCUGGAAUGGAUUAUUUUGUCAAUAUGACGUCAAUGAAUGCGAUGACGGCAUUUGUAAAAAUGGAGGGGUAUGUAAGAAUAAAGAUGGUGGAUAUAGCUGCAUGUGUGCUGAUGGGUUUUAUGGAACAACAUGUGGCGAAGAUAUCAAUGAAUGCAUUCAGGAUCCAUGUGCAAAUGGGUCUACAUGCUUGAACGUUAUUGGGAGUUUCCAGUGCCAAUGUUUGCAUGGCUUUACGGGAAGAGAUUGUUCCGAAAAUAUAAAUGAAUGUUCUUCACAACCAUGCCAUGGAAAUGCAACAUGCAUUGAUGAAUUAGGACAAUUCAAAUGCGUUUGUCCUCAAUACUAUGAGGGACCAAUAUGCGCAGAUGCAAUCGAACCUUGUAAAAACAUAACUUGUUCAAACAACGGACUUUGCGUUGCAUCUAAUAAUUCAGGUUUAUGUCAUUGUCAUACAGGUUUUAGAGGAAAACAUUGUGAACAACAAAUAUUACCGUUUCAAAUUGAAGACAGCGGGCUAGUAUGUAACGGUGUUAAUGAUCAAUUUGUGAUUUAUCUUGACCAAAAAGUUACACCGGCUGUUAGAAAGGAGAUUGUUUCAAGAGUAAAACAUCUUAUAAAUAAAUAUGCUGGAUAUGGCGUAGAUUCUUUGGAUAUAUAUGGAUCAGCAGAAUGGCUAAAGAACAAUGAAGGAGACAUGGUAUCCAAUGUUUCUUUAUCUUUAUCAAUCAACGGUACAAAAGUAUGCGGAGAAAACUUAGAAGAAUUAAGAAGCCUUAUGACAAAAGGUGAAAAUGAUUUUCCAUUUAAGUUGUACAAUGGAAGUAUUGCUGGCUUGAGACAACCAGAAGCCAUUGUCGAACGGCAAAAGAUGCCAAAGAAGGCAUGGUUUAAAGACAAUUGGUAUUUACUAAUGAUUGCAGUUGGAUUGGUAGUCUUGAUAGCUAUAGUACUUUUUGUUCUACUUAGAUAUAAUCGUAAAAAACAACGACAUUCCAGUAUUAAGAUUGUAUAUAUGAACAGUUCAUUUCAAAGGCAACAGUGCUACGAAGACACUACAAUCACAAGCCGUUAAUAAUGUCCGUAACCAGACUGCUUCAACGGAACAUUAAUCGACAUUCCGUCAGUAAGAUAAAAUAUUUCCAACUGACCAGAAACAAGUACCAGAACAGCCAAUCCUUUAGCUCUUGAACAUGAUAUUCAUCAUAGCGCAACCUAAAGAACAAGACAAUUACAGAAUUGUUGAGUUUUGACAAUUUUGACGAAGCUUUUCCUUUUUUUUUGUAAUCUAUUUAUUGGCAAAAAUGCAUGUAUCAAUAUGGUAUGUUAUAAUUACGAUAAUCAGUCUAUAGUUACAUCGGCAAAAUCAAGACAAAUACAUAAAGUUGGUUUGUUUUAAUUAUUUGACAAUCUUGUGGAUAAAUAAUAAUGGUAAAAAAACCCAGGCAGUCUGAAUUGUGAUGAUACUUGUAUAAUUAUUCUUUUAGUCGGAGCCAGAGGUUCCAGCAGGAGUACGUUCUUUGCAAUGCUUUAUUGUUUUAUAAAAACAGGAUUUUUUUUUUCAAUUAACAAAUUUUCGUUAAGACAAUUUUUAAAGUUACUAUAUUUACUUGUCCGCUUUGUAUUUUUGUUCUGUAUAUAUAAAAUUUUAACAAUAUAAUGAGGUUUCUUAUGUAGUUUUUUUUCAGUUUUUUCGAAGAUCCUAAAUUAAACUGUUUCUAAGUAAAGUGGUAGUUCAAUUUGCAUUUUUGUAUAUAUAUCCAUCCAUUAAGCUCUUCCUAUACGUCAAAUAAUUUUGAACAAGUCAAGAAAAUGUGUUCAAUUGAGUCAAUACAGAAAGUACAUUUAUUGUUUUGUAUAACUUUUAUUUUGUAGAGAAAUUCAUAUGUCCCCAAAAUUCUGUAAGUGAUACUGUAUUGGCCACUGUAAUUUUGAAUUCAAGUUAUGUAAAAUGGCAUUCUAAACACUUUAUUCCAGAUAAUAUUAUGUCUAUUUAGGAUUGAAGACCACUUUUUCUGUGAUGAGAUAUUUGUUGAUUUAUAUUUUAGAACAUUGUACAUAUUGAUCAUUUAGUACAUUUUAAAUAUUGUAAUAGUAUUUCGUAUAAUUGGCCCAUAAGGCUUAAAAAUCUGAUUACAUUUAAUAUCAAGACUUUUCAUUUUACAUUCUGGAAUAUAAGAAAGUUGGAACCAAUUGUAUUUGUUUUUCGAAAUUCUUGCCAGUUCAUUAAAUAAGAAUAAGUAAUAGUAUGCUAGCUAUUGAACGUGCUCGAUACAAUAAAACAGACUUAGAAAAUAAAAUAUGUCCCUCAUGUCAUAAAGAGUUGGAAGAUGAAUUCGAUUUUAUCAUAACAUGUACAUAACUGAAUAAACAUAGGAUCAAAAUGUUUAAUGAAAUUUCUAAUAUUGUUCCCUGUUUAAUUCAAUGAGUAAUGAAUACAAAUUUGUUUUUAUAUUAUCUUGCGAAGAAUGUGAUAUAUUAAUUAUCAUUGUUAGCAGUAUAAGUAAAAUGUAUAAUCGUUUUGUUAUUUAUAUGUUUUUCUAUAGUAACAAUCCUAUUGUUUGGAUUUUAAACAAGUACAAUUCUGAUUCUUAUUCUUAAAUGUUCAUCAUUGUUAAUCAAAUCAUUAAUUAACCAAGGCUAAUUUUACAGUCCAUUUUUUGCACAGAGGGCUUUGAUUACCAACCUUUUGUUUAUUAUUCCAAAUAUUAGAUGUGAUUAAAUUUUAUUCGUUCCUAACAGCUACUUUAGUUUGGAGUUCUCUCCAAUCCUUGUAAAAAACGAAGCUUUUCAGUGACUGUGUUACUCUUCCAUAUUACAUGUCCAUGUACAACGGUUUCAAUUGUAACUAUGCUCAUUUACAACCAUAACAAAAGUUAACACUCUAUAAAUAUUUUUGUAACAUUUUUUUUAGAAGAAUCUGAACAUUUUGUGUAAUUAUGAAUAUGUCCAUUUUUGAUUAUUAAAGAAAUAG